UGCACCUCUCAUCUUACCUUCACUCCAACCAUCAUUCUCAACUUCCUCUGAUCACCUCUUUACAAUCUUUUCUGCUCGUUCUGUGAAGGCUCGUUCUCCUUCGCUUUUCGAGUCACAGUAUCCUACCUGAUCAAUUGAUCCUUGCUCACCGCCACUACCUACACCUCACAUAAACCGUCACAAUGGAAGAAGAAGUUGCCGCUCUCGUCAUUGACAAUGGCUCUGGUAUGUGCAAAGCUGGCUUUGCCGGUGAUGAUGCGCCACGAGCAGUCUUCCCGUCCAUCGUCGGUCGACCUCGUCACCACGGUAUCAUGAUUGGUAUGGGCCAGAAGGACUCCUACGUCGGAGAUGAAGCUCAGUCCAAGCGUGGUAUCCUGACCCUCAGAUACCCCAUUGAGCACGGUGUCGUCACAAACUGGGAUGACAUGGAGAAGAUUUGGCAUCACACUUUCUACAACGAGCUGCGUGUCGCUCCUGAAGAGCACCCAGUCUUGUUGACCGAAGCCCCCAUCAACCCAAAGUCCAACCGCGAAAAGAUGACCCAGAUUGUCUUCGAGACCUUCAACGCACCCGCAUUCUACGUCUCCAUCCAGGCUGUCCUCUCCCUCUACGCAUCCGGUCGUACCACCGGUAUCGUGCUCGACUCCGGUGAUGGUGUCACCCACGUUGUCCCCAUCUACGAAGGUUUCGCUCUUCCUCACGCCAUCUCCCGUGUUGACAUGGCUGGUCGCGAUUUGACCGACUACCUCAUGAAGAUCUUGGCUGAGCGAGGCUACACAUUCUCCACCACCGCCGAGCGAGAAAUCGUCCGAGACAUCAAGGAGAAGCUUUGCUACGUUGCUCUUGAUUUCGAGCAGGAGAUCCAGACCGCUUCUCAGAGCUCCAGCUUGGAGAAGUCGUACGAACUUCCCGACGGUCAGGUCAUUACCAUUGGAAACGAACGAUUCCGAGCUCCCGAGGCUCUGUUCCAGCCAUCCGUCCUUGGUCUCGAAUCCGGCGGUAUCCACGUCACCACCUUCAACUCCAUCAUGAAGUGUGAUGUUGAUGUUCGUAAAGAUCUGUACGGCAACAUUGUCAUGUCCGGUGGUACUACUAUGUACCCAGGUAUCUCCGACCGUAUGCAAAAGGAAAUCACUGCUCUUGCUCCAUCCUCCAUGAAGGUCAAGAUCAUUGCUCCUCCUGAGCGAAAGUACUCCGUCUGGAUUGGUGGUUCCAUCUUGGCUUCUCUGUCUACCUUCCAGCAAAUGUGGAUCUCCAAGCAGGAGUACGACGAGAGCGGUCCUUCAAUUGUUCACCGCAAGUGCUUCUAAGCUGUUUUCAAGCAUUCUGGAAUGCUUUGGUGUUCCCAACGAGACGCAGCAAGUUCUUGAGACAGCGACGAACGACGUCAAGAUUAUGAUGAGACAAAUGGUAUGGGGGGAAUUAGAAGCGUUGUGGAUGAUGCAAUUGGUGGAGGUCCUAGAAAAGUACUUGUUGAAAUGGCACGGACAAAGGUCGGCGCCAUUGGAGCAUGUAUUGAGAGCAAUAUCACAUCUGCAAUGAUUAGCACCGUUCCAAUAGUGCUAGAAUGCAACGCUAGCUGUUCCCAAUGCUAUUCUGCCAAUCAUGCCAGU